AUGAGCAUAUUUAAUAUGAAUUCAUUUUUAAAUAACAAUAAUAAAAAUAUUUUUAAUCAAAGUUUUAAUAAUACAAAUAUAGAUAAAGGAAAUUUUUCAGAUUCAAAUAAUUUAUUAAAAAAUAAAAACAUGUUUAUGCCAAAUACAUCAUCGAAUAGUAUUUUUGGAUCGUUUAAUCAAGGAAACUCAAAUAAGAGCAUAUUUGGGAAUACUAAUAUUCAGACAAAUAUAACAAAUACUGAUCAUUCUCUUUUUGGAAGUGCAAAAACACAACAGUCAAAUGCAUUGGUAAACAAAAGUUUAUUUAACAUUGGUAAUGUUUCCACUAGCUUAACUGGAAACAAGGGUUUAUAUGAUAAUAUAAAUAAUCAGUCUAAUUUGAGUACAAAAAAUUUAUUUGGUACAUCAAAUGUUAAUACGUCUUCUCAAGGAAAUUUAGGAAGUGGUUUAUUUAUGAAUACAAAUAAUCAAAAUAAUAUGAAUAUGAAAAAUAUAUUUGGAACAUCAUCAUUAAAUACUCAAGGAACAAGUUUAACUAAUAAAAGUAUCUUUGGAAGUCUCCAACCAAAUAAUCAAACUACGACAUCCAAUAAUAUUUUUGGAAACCUAUCUACAAAUCAAAGUAACUCACGAAAUAUUUUCGGAAAUUUAUCAUCAACUACUCAAAAUAAAACAAGUAUCUUUGGAACAUUACCUACAACGAACCAAAAUACAAGUAGUAUUUUUGGUAGUGCAUCAACAACUAACCAAAAUAAAACAAGUAGUAUCUUUGGAACUUUACCAGCAUCUAAUCAAACUACAACAACUGGUAACAUUUUUGGAGGAUUAUCUACUAAUCAAACUAAACCUACAAGUAAUAUUUUUGGUACUUUACCAGGAGCUACUACAAAUACACCAACAAGUAAUAUAUUUGGAAAUGCAACAACGACUAAUCAAAAUAAAACAAGUAGUAUAUUUGGAACUUUACCAGCAUCCAAUCAAACUACAACAACUGGUAACAUUUUUGGAGGAUUAUCUACUAAUCAAGCAAAACCUACAAGUAAUAUUUUUGGUACUUUACCAGGAGCUACUACAAAUACAUCAACAAGUAAUAUAUUUGGGAAUGCAACAACGACUAAUCAAAAUAAAACAAGUAGUAUCUUUGGAACUUUACCAGCAUCCAAUCAAACUACAACAACUGGUAACAUUUUUGGAGGAUUAUCUACUAAUCAAGCAAAACCUACAAGUAAUAUUUUUGGUACUUUGCAAGGAACUACUACAAAUACAUCAACAAGUAAUAUAUUUGGAAAUGCAACAACGACUAAUCAAAAUAAAACAAGUAGUAUCUUUGGAACUUUACCAGCAUCCAAUCAAACUACAACAACUGGUAACAUUUUUGGAGGAUUAUCUACUAAUCAAACUAAACCUACAAGUAAUAUUUUUGGUACUUUACCAGGAGCUACUACAAAUACAUCAACAAGUAAUAUAUUUGGGAAUGCAACAGCGACUAAUCAAAAUAAAACAACUAGUAUCUUUGGAUCAUUAUCAACAACCACUCAACCCGUAAACAAUAAUAUAUUUGCUUCUACAACUCCAACAAAUCAAGGAGUAACAAGUAAUGUGUUUUCAUCUACACCAACUAGUCAAAAUAAGUUUAAUAAUAUUUUUGGAACACUGCCAGCUACUACUCAAAGUACAACUUCUGCUAUUACUACUCCAACAACUAAUACAAAUAUUCCCUCUACUAAUCUUUUUGGAAAUACUACUUCAAGUACAAAUAAAACUAACUUAAAUGAUAAAAAUAUAUUUGGAUCUUCAUCAGGUUUAGUUUUAAAUACACCAAACGCCAAUUCAAAUGCCACCAUAAGUACAAACAUAGGAUCUAAUAUAAGUAAUACCAUAAGUUCCAAUUUAAAUACUAGCUUAAAUACUGGUUUUAAUACUAAUUUAAAUACUAAUUUAUCUAGCAAUUUAAGUGGUACUUUAAAUAAUAAUUUAUGUAAUAACUUAAGUAACAAUUUAACUGGAGGAUUAAAUGUAAAUGAUAAUACAUCAAAAAGUAUUUUUUUAAGUGACAAAAAUGCGAUAAGUAAUAGUCCAAUUCUGCAAGAUAAACUUUUGAUGAAUGAAAAGAGUAGGGAAAAUGAUAUUUCAUUAGAAGAAUUGAAAAAAGAUAAGGAAGACGUUGAAAAUGCAGAAAAAUUAGAUAAUAUUGAUGAAGAUUUAAAAAUUAUCAAAAGUAAAGAAAAUAUUUUUGAUAAGAUUUAUAAUGAUGGCAUAAGUAGUGAUAAAGGGCAAGAAAGAACAUUUUACAAUUAUAUAAAUUUAAUAAUUAAUGAUAAUAUAAAUAAUAUACAGAAAACCACAUUUUCUCUAUUAAAUGAUCAUGAUUCUUUAAUGUGGGAUAAUUUUAAAAGUAAUAUUUUUAAAAAUUUUGUCGAUUAUUUAGUUAAUUUUAAACAAAAAAAAAAUCAAAAAGUUAUAAAAAGUAAUGUAUUAGAUUUAGAUCAACAUGAGUUUCAAAUAUUAAUUUGGUUGUAUAAUGUUAAUUCUUAUAAAAUUGAUUUUAUACCUUUUAAAAGUUUUUAUUAUAUGUUAUUAAGUAACACUCAUUUGAAUUAUUCAAAAUUUUUUUUUGGAAAUUCUGAAAAAUCUAAUUUAUAUGAUAGUUUUGUUGAAAUUAAUGAUCAUUAUUAUAUAAACUCAAAAAAUCAUUUUAUAAAAUCCCAAAUAAAUAAUUUUGAAGAAAAUAUAUUAAAUAAUGAGAAAAGCAAUAGUACAUUAGAUUUCGAUUCUUUUUAUAAGCAAAUUUUGAAAGACAUUUUGAAUAGUUUAUUAAACAUGAAUUUAUCUAUAACUAAGGAAAAUAUAAAAAAAAAAGAAAAAGAAGAAUACUACGAUAGUGAAAAUAAAGAUAAAAUAAAUUAUGGAAAUUAUACCUAUGAGAAUUUAUUGCUUAAUUAUUUAUUUGGUACAUUACAACACUUACAUGAUAAAUUUUAUAAAAUAGAAAUAAGUAAUUAUGUUUCUAAAGAUAUUAAUCAAAUAGAAGAAUAUUUUGUUGAUACCAAAUCUAAUAUAAUUUUUUCUUAUUGUUAUAAUAAUUAUUACAAAAAUGAAAUGGAUAAAGAAAACUCUACUACUCACUUUUUUUUCUAUUUAAUCAAUAUUAUGUUUCGUUGUGGUAAUUAUAUAGGGUUAAUACAAAUAAUUAAAAAUGAAGAAUUCAUUAAGCACUUAAAUAUUGAUAAUUAUUUUUAUGAUUUCAUAAUAUUGUUAAUAAGAAUAUUAUUUUUAAUUUAUAAUAAAAACAAUGAAAUAAAUAUAUUUGAAAAUAUGAAAAUUGAAAUUGAUUGCAGCGAUAUAUUAAAAAAGAAAAUUAAUAUAUCUAAUUUAAUUAAUUUUUUUCAUUCUAUUAUUUAUAUAUGUGUUAAUAAUAUAUAUGCCUAUGAUUUAUUGUGCAUUUUAUUUUCAGAUAUAUUUUACAGAAAUGGAAAUAUAUACACAAAUAGAGAAAAAAAAAUUGAAAUGAAGAAUAUUUUUUAUUACAUCGGUAAAAAUAACAAUAAUUAUGAUAAUAAUCAUGAAAACGAAAUAACUGUAGAUAAUAGUUAUAAGAAUGAGUUGAGAAUAUAUAAAAAUGAAGAUUAUAACAAUGAUGCUGAUAGUGAUUAUAAAAAAGUUAAUAUUGAGAAUAAUAGAACUCCAGAAAAGGAAAGAAAAAGUAAAAGGAAAACUUUUUUUUUUGAUAUGAUUAGUAAUAUAUUGCAAAAACCAAAAAAAGUGAAAGAAGAUUCUUUUAGUAAUAUGGAAAUAAAUGAUGAACUAGAUAAAAUAAAUAAAGGGAUAGUAAAAGUAAAUAGCAGUGAUGGAUUAGGAAUUACAAAUAAAUAUAGUUAUAAUUUUGAGUACUGUAAUAUUGAAACAAGUAUAUGGUUUGAAUUGACAUUAUUUAUUACAAAAAAUUUCGACCUAUAUAGUAGUAAAUUUCAGGAAAAUUUUGAUAUUAUUGAUUCUAAUUUAAGUUUUUAUAAUUAUGAUGAUGAUAAUAAUGCAUUUUUAAAUGAUACAAAACAUAGAAGAGAAAAAAUAAAUAACAAAAUAGAAAAAUUGUUUACCAGUAUUUCUAAUUGUAUUAUUAAUGAAAAUAAAAAAUAUUUAUCUAUUUGUUCAAAAUUAAAGGUUGAUGAUGUAAUAAAUAAUUUUAUUAUUGUGGAUGGGAAAAUAUCAGAGAAAAGUAAAGGAAAUAUUUUAAAAGUUUUAAAAAAUAAUUUUUUAUUAUAUAUUAAGUUAUUUUAUUAUUUAUUAUUAGUGGGAAAUAUAUAUACUACAGUUGUUUUUUUAUCUUGUAUAUCUAACAAUUUGCAAAGAAUAUUAUUGGUUUUAACAAUAUUUUUACAUAAAAAUAAUAUUUUUGAAAAUUCUCAUUUAAAUAAUAUCAAAAUGAAAACAUUGAAUUUUUUAAAAUUUCAAAAUGAAAAUAGUCUAAUUCUUGAUAGCUCUCAUGAUAUUAAUGAUGUUCCUUCAUCAGAUAAAGUGAAUUUAGUUGUAUUAAGUAUGAGCAAUAAUGAUAUUCCAUAUGAAUAUUUUAUUCUCAAAAAUAACAAUAUUAAUAUUUUAUUAAAGAUAACAUAUUUAAUUAACUUAAAAACACAUAUAAGUAUUAAAUUAUUAAAAAGCAUAGUGCAAGAAAAUCAAGAUAUUUUGCUACAUGAAAGUAUAAUAGGUCAUAUAAAUAAUAACGGAAAUAUAUUUUACGGAAAAUUAAAUGAUUUUUUAUUUUUAUUUAAAAAUAAAGUAAAGAUAAAAAAAGACAUUAAAUGCUUUUUUUUAAUGUAUUAUGUUUUAAGUAAGCAGAAAUUUUCUCAUAAUAAAAUAUCAAACAAAAAAAAAAGUGAAAAUGAUGAAUAUCAUUAUAAAUCUAGAAAUUUUAAAUUUAUUUAUAACAAAAAUAUUAAUACUUUAAGUAAAAUAUCAUUGGAUAAUUCUAUUAUAAGUGUUCAUUCAUCCAUUUUAUAUAAAAUUUCUCAAUUUUAUGCCAUAUUAGCUUAUUUUGCAAAUCAAAGAAAAAAUUAUAUAAUAUCAUUUAUAUGUUAUUAUAUAUUAAAAGAUGAACAUAGUGCAAUUAAUUCAUUAAUUAGAAUAUACAAUGAUGAACUCAUAUAUUAUUUUCAUAAUAAUGAGAAGGAAUAUAAUUAUAUUCGUAAAUGUGCUUUUCGAUUUUAUCAUUUAGCUAAGAAUAUGUGGCCAUCUAAUGUUAAGUUAGAGUCAAUUGAAAACAAGUCACAUCUUGUUUUAACUAUAUUGUUUAUGAAAAAAAAAAUGUUUGAAGAGGCUUUUAUUAUUUUUUCAUCUAAUUUAAUCCCUGAAAAUAUGUUAGAAAAAUUGUCAACAGCUGAUUACUAUAAUAUUGAUUUGUCAUCAAAUUUUUUAAUGACAUUAAAAGAAUUAUGUAAAAAAAAUAAGAUAAAUGAAUUAGUUGAUAAAACAACUUUAUAUGAUAUUAUUAAAUUUUUGCUGCCUAUUAAAGACAAAUUAGAUUCCCAGGUUGUUGAAAGCAUAAAUUAUUUGAGCUCAUUAAGUUUUUAA